GGACACAAGGAUCUGUACAAGGAGGCCAUGAUGGAGGAGCACCAGCCUCUUAUAUCACAAGAAAAUCCCAGUAAGAAAUGUGAAAAUGUCAUGUUACCACUAGAUGACGAUAUCAUGCAGCGCUCUUCAGGAGAAAAUAAUGUACAUCCAGAACUUCACAGUACAGAUCUGUCAUAUAAUCCUCCUAGUUAUGAGGAACCUUCUCCUGACCAAUCACAGAUUGUUACCGCAAGUACAAGUCAUAAAGGGACUGAAAGGUUUCAUUGUGGUAAAGAAUCCACAAACAGCUCAGGACUUUCUACACACCAAAGACAUCACAAAGGAGAGAAAAUGUUUUCAUGUUCAGAAUGUGGGAAAUGUUUUACACUAAAAUCCAAUCUUGUUAUACAUGAGAGAAAACACACAGGAGAGAAACCAUAUUCAUGUUCAAAAUGUGGAAAAUGUGUUACACAUAAAUCCAAUCUUGUUAUACAUGAGAGAAAACACACAGGAGAGAAACCAUAUUCAUGUUCAGAAUGUGGGAAAUGUUUUACACAGAAAUCGCAUCUUGUUAGACAUGAGAGAAGUCACACCGGGGAGAAACCAUAUUCAUGUUCAGAAUGUGGGAAAUGUUUUAGACACAAAUCCAGUCUUGUUACACAUGACAGAAUUCACACAGGGGAAAAGCCUUAUUCAUGUUCAGAAUGUGGGAAAUGUUUUACAGAUAAAUCAGGUCUUAUUAAACAUGUGAGAAGUCACACAGGAAAGAAGCCAUAUUCAUGUUCAGAAUGUGGGAAAUGUUUUACAGAGAAAUCAAAUCUUAUUGCACAUGACAGAAUUCACACAGGAGAGAAAGCAUAUACAUGUUCAGAAUGUGGGAAAUGUUUUUCAGAUAAAUCAAGUCUUCUAAAACAUAAGAGGAAUCACAUAUGAGAGAAGCUGCAUUCAGAAUCAGAAAAAUAUUUUUGCUUCUAAAGCCAAAAUUAGUCAUUAGUGAAGUCACACAAAAGAGAAGCCAUAUGGCCACAAUAUAACAAAACAAUAUAUCACUGGGUCAUAGACAUUGUUUUCAUUUCAGGUUGUAUAUUUGGAUAUAAAAGAUUAAUUGAUGUCACAUAACGGCUUCUAUAAAACAUCUGAUAAAUCCUG